CGUUCGCCAUGUACUACGCCGCGGAGCAGCCAACGGACGACGAGAUGGUCCCAGACAGGACCAUCCCAGGGAGUUGGGCAAUCAACGCGGCCGAGUACAAGCCCGGCGCGCGUCACACGUUGGUCGUCACGAUACCCGACCCCGGCGAGUUCCUCAUCACCGCCACCGCCGGCAUCUUCCGCGAGCUCGGGUCCCACGACGACGGCAGGACAAACUACGGAGCCGGCACCGGCUGCGGCGGCGCGCGGUACAACCUUCGAGAGAGCUGGCGCACCACGCUGCUCGUGUGGACCGCCCCGGAGACGGCGGAGACGGUCAGUUUCAAGGUGACCACCGCGACGGGUAAGCACGGCGGGUUCCGGAACAACGCGGCCAGUUUCGUGGCGAACGAGAACCUCCCGCCGCGCGGGUCGACCCCGGCGGGCGCUCCCCCCGGGCCGCCCGCGUCGGGCUCGGCGUCGGUGGACGGCGACGAGGGGAUGAACGGUAAGUUCGUGGCGCACGGGUGGUUCAUGGCCGCGGCGUGGGCGGUCAUGAUCCCGUUCGGUAUCUUCUCCGCGAGGUACGCGAGAUCCCCGCCCGGGGCGCCGCCCUCGAGGAGCGACGCGGUGGAGACGAUUCGCCGGGGGUGGUUCAAGUUGCACGUCUGGCUCAACUCGAUCGGCCUGGUAUUGGCGCUCAUCGGCGGCUUGCUCUCCUACUCCGCCGUGGAGGAGGAGCUCGGGGACGGCAUGCACCUCCGAUCGGCGCACGCGUACUGGGGCGCGGCGACGCUGCUGCUGGGUAUCAACCAGCCCCUCAACGCGUUCACCCGGCCGCCCGCUCCGGGCCCCGGCGAGGACAAGUCGAAGGAGCGCCGUCGGUGGGAGAAGGUGCACCGGUUCCUGGCGUGGGCCGCGCUCAUGCUGUCCAUCGUCGCGAUGGACACCGGGACGGAGGCGGCGAUGAACGUUUGGGGCGCGCCGAAGGGUGGCAAGGCUGCAAACUCGGCGUACAUCGCGUGGGUGUGGAUGGUUCUCCUGGCGACGUGUAUAGCGGAGGUGUUUCGGUGGCGCGAGCGGCAGAGGUUGGGGAUACCCAUGUGGGGCGACGCGGAAGGGCGGACGAUGAACAGGAAUUUCGUCGAGCUAUCGGAGAUCGAGGACGAGCCCGAGCGCGCGGGCCCCAGGUAGCCGUGUAGUCUUGGAGAGAUGAACCGACGGUGUCGCC